UGCGCAAUAGUUCACACCUGAUUAACACCAGAGAAACAUUAGCAUCCAUGCAAUUGCACAUAAAAUUAAGAAUGCAUUGCAAUAAGAAUUCUUAUUAAGAUGUUUCUUCCCAGUCCAAGAAGAGACAACUUCCGGAACGUUUAUCACCGCCCUUUCUCGGACCAAUAAUACACAAUCUACCAGAGACGUUGAACUUUAUUACUUGCAAAGUGACACCAGAACAGCAGACCUUCUCAGCUUGUAGGCAAUGUUAAAGGCUGUAAUAAGGUGCCUUUGGACAUAUCCUGUUGCUGGUAGAAGAAUGAUGUCCCAUCACAAACCACAGAAUUUGUCUGGAAAAGUUGCUAUAGUAACUGCAUCCACAGAUGGGAUUGGGCUUGCAGCUGCGGAGGCUUUGGGUCAGAGAGGAGCUCAUGUGGUCGUCAGCAGUCGGCGUCAGGCCAACGUUGACAAGGCUGUGUCACUCUUGCGCAGCAAAGAUAUAAAAGUAAUUGGGACCACAUGCAAUGUGGGGAAAGCGGAAGAUAGAGACAAGCUCAUUAACAUGACAGUUGAACAGUGUGGGGGUGUGGACAUACUGGUGUCUAACGCAGCUGUGAACCCAUUUUUUGGGAACAUUUUAGAAUCCACAGAUGAAGUCUGGGACAAAAUACUUGGAGUGAACGUGAAGGCUUCUUUCCUUCUGACCAAACUGGUUGUGCCCCACAUGGAGAAAAGAGGGGGUGGUUCUGUUGUGAUUGUGUCUUCAGUCGCAGGGUACCAGCCAAUGCAAGGUCUGGGCCCCUAUAGUGUGAGUAAGACGGCCCUGCUGGGUUUAACUCGAGCGCUGGCUCCUGAUCUCGCCCACAGUAACAUCCGGAUCAACUGCGUCGCCCCUGGCAUUAUCAAGACACGUUUUAGCUCUGCUCUAUGGGAAAAUGAGGGUGUGCUAGAGGAGUUCUUGAAACAGACAAGCAUAAAAAGACUCGGAGAGCCAGAGGAUAUAGGUGGUGUGAUUGCCUUCCUGUGCUCAGACGAAGCCUCAUACAUCACUGGAGAGACCAUCACUGUUACCGGAGGCAUGAACUGCAGACUGUAAGAGGAGCGGCAUCGAGACCGUAACCUUAUAAUUCAGUGACCCAACACAGUUGUAACAGCUGAUGUGGAAAUUCAUGAUGUUUAAUUUUAAUAAAAAAAUUUUUUUU